CAAGUACUAAAAAAAGAUGGUGUUUAAAAAAUUCUGUGUUAUAGCUCUUGCUUGCGCUUAUUUUGUUCACUCUGCACCGAAGCAUACUUUUUUGCAUCUACCAUCAAAUCAGGACGAUUUAUUCAACAAAAUUGGAAAAGCUGCUUACGAGAUUCUUGAUGAGAAAGAGAAGGUUUUCAGGGAUAACAUGGACUCCAUGAUUGAGACUGGAAAGACCCUUUAUAAUGCUAGUAUACAAUCGUGGAAUACCAAAAUGGUACUUGUCAAAUUACCUUUCCGAUUUGUAUUGAAAUUGUUCGGAAAACACACCAAACAGCCAGAAGAGCCUAAUAACGAAAACCCGGUGAAGUCCUCAAACGACGUUCCGGCCAUUCAACCGGACAAACCUGUGGAUGAAGCUCCGGCCGAGCAGCCGGACAAACCUUGUGGAGGAGGCUCCGGCAAAGCAGCCGGAGAAACUGCUAAGGAGGUUCCGCUAAAAAAUAAUGCCUAAAUUUGGUGAUGACUCGCUUGA